GUAUACGUCAUGAGUCACCAGCAGAGGUCACCAGUCACAGCCACAGCUCAGCUGAGCUGAGUUAGUAAAAUUUAUUUAGUGAUAUAUUCUUUAUCUAUGAUUUAGUGAUUCUUUGGUCUAAACAUAAAACCAAUAAAACUAAAAUUGGCAAAUCAAAUUUAAUAAUAUGGAAGUAAAACAAGAAUGUAGUGAGAAAACUUGUAAAAUAGAAACAGACACUUUUGAUAGUCCCUUGGAUACCUUCAAAAUUGAAAUUAAGGAAGAACCCAAGAAAGAAAGUGCAUAUGAGGCAUUUUAUCCUUUAGACGUAGAACAAGAUGAAUAUAAAUGUACACUAUUUGAAGAAGAGCAAACAACCAAUGAAGAAAGUUUUUCUCAUGACAAAGAUAGAAUGAAAAUCAUGGAAAUGUUCCAUUCAUCUCAUAAAGGGAAAGAUAGAGGUCAACACGCUAAAGAAAAAAUAUUAAAUAUUAAUAUGACAGUUGAAAACAAAAUUGGACAAAGACCUAACAAGUGUGAAACUUGUUUAAAGCAGUUUACUACAACAAUUCAGUUAAAAACACAUUUGAGAACGCACACUGGAGAAAAACCUCACAAGUGUGAAAUUUGUUUUAAGCAGUUUAUUGAUAAAAGUAGGUUAAAAAUACAUUUGAGGAUGCACACUGAAGAAAAACCUCACAAGUGUGAAAUUUGUUUUAAGCAGUUUAUUGAUAAAAGUAGGUUAAAAAUACAUUUGAGGAUGCACACUGAAGAAAAACAUCACAAGUGUGAAAUUUGUUUUAAGCAGUUUACUGAUCAAAGUAAUUUAAAAAAACAUUUGAGAACGCAUACUGGAGAAAAACCUCACACGUGUGAAACUUGUUUAAAGCAGUUUAGUGAUCAAAGUAAUUUAAAAACACAUUUGAGAACACAUACCGGAGAAAAACCUCACAAGUGUGAAAUUUGUUUUAAGAAAUUUACUAGAUCAGGAAGUUUGAAAAAGCAUUUGAAACUGCACUCUGGAGAAAUGCCUCACAAGUGCGAACUGUGUUUUAAGCAAUUUAAUCAAGUAACUAAUUUGAAAGCACAUUUGAAAGUGCACACUGGGGAAAAGCCUUACAAGUGCGAAAUUUGUUUUAAGCAAUUUAUUCAACUAAGUAAUUUGAAAACACAUUUGAGAGUACACACUGGAGAAAAACCUCACACGUGUGAAAUUUGUUUUAAGCAGUUUACUACAAAAGAUCAGUUAAACUUACAUUUGAGAAUACACACUGGAGAAAAACCUUAUAAGUGUGAAAUUUGUUUCAAGCUAUUUACUUCUAAAAGUAAUUUAAUUAUACAUUUCAGAAUGCACACUGGAGAAAAACCUCAUAAGUGUAAAAUUUGUUUAAAGCAGUUUACUACAACAACUCACUUAAGAAGUCAUUCGAUAAUACACAGUUUAGAAAAAGAGUGCGACCCUUGUUUUACCAAGUUUACUACACCAACUCAUUUGAAAAGCCAUAUAAGAUUGCACACUGGAGAAAAACCUUACAACUGCGAAAUUUGUUUUAAGCAGUUUACUCAAAGAAACGAUUUGAAAGAGCAUGCGAGUGUACAUACUGAAGAAAAGCCUUACAACUGCGAAAUUUGUUUUAAGCAGUUUAUUCGACGAAACGAUUUGAACGUGCAUGCGAAUGUGCACACUGGUGAAAAGCCCUACAAAUGCGAAAUUUGUUCUAAGCAUUUUACUCGAAGACACGAUUUGAAAGUGCAUGGGAGUGUGCAUACUGGAGAAAAGCCAUACAAGUGCGAAAUUUGUUUUAAGCAAUUUAGUCGUAAAUACAAUUUGAAAGUGCAUGCGACUAUGCACACUGGAUAAUAGCGUUACAAGUGCAACAUGUGUUUUAAGCAGUUCACAGAUAAAAGUACUUUUCGUAAGUUUCGUAGUCACCAGUGCCUAUAAUUUCUACAAUUUUUCAAGACGUUGUUAUUUGUUUGACAACUGUUAAAAGUACUUUAAAAACACAGUUUAGAACGCACACUUGAUAAAAACUUAAGAUGUGUGAAAUUUGUUUUAAACAGUUUUUUCAUGUGCCCGUCUGAUCGAAAUCAGAUCCAGAUCUCCAUGGUGAUUGUUGAAGUUGAAGCUUAUUGUGUUUGCAGCCGAUCGGUGUUUCCUACAUCCAGUGUAGAAUUUGUGGACUAUGUACGUUUCUACAGUUCUUUUGUUUGCAAAAUAUAUCAGGGUCUCCUCUUAGUUGUCCGUAUUGUUUUUGUCCUUUGAAGUCCAGUGCCUCACAAUCAUAUAAUAAAUAUUUGUCUGCAUGCCCACUUAAAAUUCCUGUUACUGUUCUCAGGUGAUUCCAAUUCCUCUGUUCUUGUUGUACAUGAUCGAACAAUGAAGAUUUUCCCAUGUGUUUAUUUUGGGAUUCUCUCCUAAUAUCGCUCAUGACUUUCUCGAAUCCAGUCCUCUGCAACCCUACGUAUUGCAGCAUUUAGUGCUUACAGCCACGGCCACAGUUGGUCAGUUUCGUUCGUUUGAUCCUCUUUUAGCACGUUGAUGUUUUUUCUUUGUCUUUGAUGCCGUGGUACUUAGACAGUCUCUCCAUUUUUCCGGUCUUCCAGUUAAUUCAGUUCUCUGAGUGAUACAGUCCCACGAUAGUCUGGACAUCAAUUCCUGAUAAACCAGUGCUAGAAAACGAUAUAAUUCCUUUCUAAGACAAAGCAUUUACUAAUUCUUGGAUUUUUGGAGUAUAUUACCGUCCUCACAUCCUUUCUAAUCUUGGAUCCGUCUAUACUAUAACAUCUGGAUACUUUACUUCUUCCCUUAUCUGAAUUUUCUAUCGCUACAGCUUUCAUCAUCAUCAAUCAGCCAAUCGCGUCCACUGCUGGACAUAGGCCUCCCUCAGUUCUUUCCAGUGUUCUCUAAACUGGGCCGCUUGUAGCCAGUUUCCCGCUACACGUUUUAUGUUAUCGGUCCAUCUAGUCGGUGGUCGUCCUUGGCUUCUUUUAUAAUUUCUGGGCCUCCAUUCCUUAAUACGUCUUGUCCACCGUCCAUCUUGUGUUCUGGCUAAGUGCCCUGCCCAGUUCCACUUAAGCUUCGUGGUUCUUUCGAUGACGUCUUGAACUCCUGAUCUUUGCCUGAUUUGUUGGUUUGUUAUGUGGUCCCGAAGGCUCACGUUCAGCAUUGCACGUUCCAUGGCUCGUUGUGUUGAGUUUAUUCGCAGAUUUUUACGUGAGUGUUAAAGUCUCUGCUCCAUAAGUUUGUACAGGCAAAACAAAUUGGUUAUAAACCUUUCGCUUGAGACACAUGGGAAUUGAACUUUUUAGAAUAUGGCUUAAUUUGCAAAAUGCUGCCCAUGUUAGGCCUAUUCGCCUCUGUAUUUCAUGUGUUUGAUUGUCUCUGCUUAUUUUGAUUUCGUGUCCCAGAUAUUUGUGUUUGCUUGUUGUAUGGUAUUAUUGUCAAUAGUUAUAUCUCCACCUGCUUUUAUUGCCUCGAUAACGAGUCCAUCAUCACCAGGCGAUCGAUGGUUCUUCAUUUUCUUUAAAGCUGCUCUUACUUCUGACACAGUAAUGGGUAAAAGUAUUUCCGAUCCCUGAUUUAUGAGAGUCUUUACUCGUGUCGGGAAAUUGUCUUGUGGUCUUUGGCUGGUAUAGAGGUCUUUAUAAAACUCUCUGGUUAUUUUCAGAAUGUUUUGUUUAUCUGUUGUUGCCUUUUCGUCUUUAUCUCUCAGCUUGUAUAUUUAUUUUUUACAUUGUGUGGGUUUUCUUUUCAUAAUCUUUAAACCUUUGUUCUCUUCUACUGUUUGAGUAAUCACAUUAUUAUUAUAUCUUCUUACAUCUUUUCUAAUUUCCGCUGAAAUUCUUUUAUUUAGUUUUUUAUAUUCUUCUUUGUUUCCCUUUUCGUUCUCGCUUAGGUUUCGUCGUAUUUCCAUGAGAGUGUUUGUAUCUUUGCUAAUCUUUGCACUUGUGGUGUCAUUUUUCUUGCAAAAUUUGAGUUGUGCGUUUCUAACCGAGUCUGUUAUUAAUAUAUUGUGAUCGUCGAUACUUAGAGGUUUAGGAUUAUUACUCUGUAAGGUUUCGGCUAUAUUUUUUAUGUAUACUUCUGGAUGAUUUGGUGAUUUUUUAUUUGGUGUGAAAUACAGCUUUAGGUGACCUUAUCUCUCCAAAUCAAAAGCAGUAGUGACAGAACUCCCUUCUGUGGGCAACCUCUGUCGACCCAGGUCAACUUGGUCUUUUCAAGGGGCUUUUUAUUUAAGACUUUGUAUUGGUAUACUGACCCGUAUCAUAUAGAAGUGAUAUCAUUCGAGUGAGUCAUUGAGGGGUGAGUGGUUGUGCUUUAUCCUUUGAGGUCUAGCACACGCAUGAGUGCUUUCAAUUUCCUCACAGUUCUUCCUUCAUGUGGCUCACUUGGCUCUUCUUAUAACUGUGUAGUAACCGUCCGUGUGGUUCUGUAUUCUUCGUACUCUCUGGUUACUUUGGCUUUGUUGAAUAGCUUUCUCGUCAUUUUUCUCAACACAGACAGUUCUUUAUUCCAGUAUGGCGUAUCCUUGCUAAAACUUCCCUCAGUGAUAGAGCACAAAUGCCGCAAUGUCAGCGUUAUUUUACUGCCAUUUCUAAGUAAUUUAUCGUUCUCACUCUCGAUAGAUGCUGAUCUAGAAAUUUUUAUAAACCUCUCAGUUGCUUGAACGUGGGUUCCGAAAGUAACUUUUGCUGCUUUCCCCUUUAAGGUGCAUCUUACAUGUCAUGUUUUGAGCAGCUUUUCUCCUGAGACACACGCCAUUCUAACAUGAAAUUACUCAAGAAAUUUCAGGCUAUUGUAAUGUCUAUUACUUUUAGUUAUGAAAGUCGCUUUUAUGCCUACAUUUAAUAUGUCUCAAUUAUUUGUUACGAUAAAUUGCAUUAAUGAUUUAACUCUAUUGUUAAUGUCCAUGAUUCUCCACGGUUUGUGCAGUGCAUGGCGUCGUAGCCCAUGGGCAACUGUAUCCUCUAUUCCUGCAUUGACUUACCGGCUCUUCCACUUCAUUGGUCGUUUUGGAGAAAUUUGUGGUCCUGGACAUCGGAAUAUUGGUUCUGUGUCUAGGAACGAACCUAUCGGCUCUUAACAACGGAAAACCAUCCUUUGUUAGAGGGGAAAGACGGACUCAUAUAGAAGUCACGCUAGCUACGGCGACCAUGAGGAGGAAAACGGCUGAAUGUGAUGUACUGGAAGGGGAAAUAUUUACCCAUCGUAUAGACACAUCCCAUUCAAGAUAAGAGAGAAACGCCUGAAGCUGACUUCUCUACAGAGGAGCUGAUUGAGGUGGGAAAGCACUAAAGGCCGGGAGAGCACACGAACUCGACAGAGUUUUACUAGAAAUUGUAAAGAUAAUCAUAGAGAAAAAAGUACCCUGGGUGGAAGAAAUCAUGAAUGACCUCCUAAGAAAGCAAAAAUUUGAAAUACUUAAAGACGAGACUAGAAAAAGAAAUCACAUGGGUUUAGAAAAGGAAAAUCUGCAGUAGACGCAGUUAGUCGGUUCACGAAAUUAAUUGCCACAUGUACGAGCAAGUGGUUGGUGGCUUUCUUUCUGGGCAUAAAAAAUGCCUUCAACUGCGCGAGCUGGAGAGUAAUAACUGAAAUACUGUAGGAAUUGGAAGUAUCCCUAUACCUACAGGUGAAGGAAUACAACAGGUAUUCCUUCACUGUCUCGGUCCUAGGACCAUUGCUCUGUAGACAGAUUGACGAAUAUUCCUCAAGUAGACAGAUUAACAUAGGGAGGAUAGAUAUUAUGCAGACAUUCGAAGGAACACAACAGGUCUCGGUCCUAGGACCAUUGCUCUGGAACAUCAUUUACAGUAAUAUAUUGGAGAAGAUUUAGGAGAAGGGACACAUGCUGUAUCUUGCGGAUAACCUCGUUUUAAUAGAGCACAAUGAAAAUGGGAUUAUUAUUAAUUCAGCCAAUAUUGCACUGAAAAGGUUGAAGACGUGGUUGAAAGACCGAGAGUUGACACUCGCUACGCAAAAAACGCAAUCUCUGAUUCUAAAAUGACAUAGAGAACCAGAGGUCACAUCCCCUUUACCCUCGAUGGAUAAUGAAUAAUGCCAUUGACAAAGCAACAGCUUGGCAAUAAUUAGGCCAAAUAUAGGAGACCUAGGUACGGGAAAAAUAAGGAUUCUGAUGGAACUGAUACAUUCCACAAUUCUAUAUGCGGCACCAGUGUGGCAUCAAGUAACUAACACACAAAAGUACAAACAAAUUUUAGAGAAGGUCCUAAGAAAAACCGUAUUAAGGGUCUUAUGCGCCUAUCUCUACAAUAGACCUACAAGUUAAUGGCAGGAAGAGUGGGUAAACGCGAGAAGGGUUGCACGGACAAGAACUCUGAUCCUGGUUGUGGUGGAUUGGGUGGAAUGCAAAUAUAAAAGCAUGAACUACUUCUUCGCGCAAUUUUUUACGGAAUAAACCGGUUAUUUAGAGCAUACCUUGAGAGGAUAGGCAAGGCAAUAGAUGCUAUCUGUGUGGCUUAUUCCGCUGUCCACUCCUUCAUUCCGCUUAUGGGCUGCGGAAUAGGCCAUACAGAAGAACACUGUCUGUUCGAAUGCAGUAAGUUCAAUGACUAAAGAGCAGAGCUAUGUGCAAGCUAUAGUAUUUUAGGAGCUCACAAUUUUAUGACCGUAUAAAGAAGGGUAAAAUGAGUUUAAAGAAGUGCUGGAGGCGACAAAAAGCAUAGGAAGAAGAGAUUUUAGAUAGAGAAAGAUAAUAAGGCUAAACAUAAGCAACAGAGAGAAAAAGAAAAGGAGAAGAAAAAGGGUGGCUGCGUGCGCGAGAGAAAGGUCUGGAAACACGCGCCUAAGCCGAGAGUGGUUUUAGUUGGUAGGCGUUGUACCAUGGAUACAUCGGAGGACAAGACCCCAAAAAAGGGGAAUUGCAUUUGGAUGUACUGCGACUAUUCUGAAUCUAACUUACACAAAAACACUUUGACGCUGCAUACCUAUAAUUUGAUACAACGUACAAUAAUGCACACUGGACUAAAAGCUUAAAUUAUUUUUGUCCACGUUUUAUUUCUGAGUUCCAUUGUUACUUCGUUCAUCUGACCUCACUUUACAUCACUCCUUAAUUUUAUUGAUUGUUUAAGCGUAUCUCACUUCUUUUUCUCUCUGAAAAAAAUUCCAUUUUAACUGUGAUGGACUGCUGGAGAAAAAGAUUAACUUCCAAUCAACUUGUCGAAAAGCUGCUUUUUAUCACUGGCACAAUAUUAAUUGAAAUUAUUUCAAUUUUUUUACUUCGUACUUGUUUCCUUAGCUUUUUUUGGAGACACGGCAACAUCGCAAUAUGCCUGCACAGAAUCCUCUUAAUGACCUUGUUUGGAUUUAGUUGUGUAUAUAUUUAGUUCUUUCUUUACAACACUGAGAUUCUAUAAUAAUAUAACUUUCUAAAUUCUAGAUAUUUAGACCUUACGCACUUCCACACUGCCAAUAUUUUCAACGAAUAGAGGAAAUAAUUAAAAAAAAAACAAUUUGGUGGCUUCAGUUCACUAGAUAAUGUUACUACUAAUUUUCUACAAUAUCUACGGAAAAAUAAAAAUCUUCAGUCGUCCAACUAUACUUAGUGAUGGGCUUUUUCUCUUUAUUUUCUAUCGUUGGUAGGUACUUACUCUCUUAUUUGAUUUAUCGUAAGGGAUAUUGCUUUUUUUAUUAUUAUUGCUACUUUUUUGAUUGUUUGUGGUAGAUGUACUUCACAACUCUUAAUCUCAGAAGCAAUCAGUAUCUGACAGAUGUUCAAAAACGACUUUUACAUCAGAUCGGAAGCUACUUUUGUAUAAUAUCCUCCUCCUAAGUGCCUUCUCUAUUGAGGUUGGCGAUCAAUAUGGCAAAUUUCUCUCUGUUCUGGGCUUGAUGGAUUAAGUCAUUUCCUGUUGUGUCAGUCCAAUCUCUGAUGUUUCGGAGUAUCUUGUAUAAUAUAAUAUAAUAUAAUAUAAUAUAAUAUAAUAUAAUAUAAUAGAUGUAAUGUAAUUAUAUAUUAAUAAAUAAAUGUAUAAAUUAUU